AUGGAGGAAGGUGGCGGGAGAGAUGGGGGGAGGAGGGGGAAGAGGGGGACGGCGAUGGGGCCAGCGGGGGGGACGAUGAGGUACAGAGGGGUGAGGCGGCGGCCGUGGGGGAGGUACGCGGCGGAGAUAAGGGACCCCCUGUCGAAGGAGCGCCGCUGGUUGGGGACAUUCGACACCGCCGAGCAGGCCGCCUGCGCCUAUGACAUCGCCGCCCGUGCCAUGCGCGGCAUGCGUGCGCGCACCAACUUCCUCUACCCUUCUUCUCCGCCCCCCUCGCCGGUGCCCCCGUCUCAGCGCCCCUCCUCCGCCCUCUGGCCCCUCCCGUGGGGCUCCGAUGCCCCAACAAUGGCGCCGUCCACCUUCAACACUCUCCUCCUCCGCAACCUCAUCACCUCCUGCGCAGCAGCACCAUCGGCGGCUGCUCCCUCUUCCUUCUCCCACCGCGCCCGCUCGGCGGCCUCCUUUCGUGAGCAAAUCCAUCACGCAGCAGCUUCUGGCGGCAGUCGUUGCAGCGAUGCGGCGGCUCACUCUGGUGCAAGUCCGCCGCAAUUCUCACCGCUCGCGCAGGAGCCGUCAGCAGAAACGGGGGGACUCGCGGAGCUCUUCCCGGCGGCGCCGGAUUAUUCGGGGCUCCUGCAGGAGAUCAUACAGGGUUUCUUUCCGCAGUGGAACUCUCCUUCCUCGUGUUCUACUUCCUCCAUGAGCGCGACCUGCUUCGGGAACCGCAUGGAUGAGGAUUGGGAGACGGCGAUGAACAUAGACGAGGAGGAUCCUAUGAAUCAGUAUCAGCAUUCUCUGCCGCCGCUGCCGUUGUCGGAGCCGCAGGAGAUGUAUCCCCACGAACGCUUCUACGCCGGCGGGGGGAGCCCAGUGCAGUGCGAGGAAGAGGUCAGCGAGGACCUCCCCAAGCCGUCGGACGGCAUGUUGGAGGAUGUCGUACCCCGCCCCGAGUUCGUCGAGAUCUUCUCCCCCAAGCUCCGGCAGAAAGCUUAA